CAGUUCGUUCAACGAUUAAAAGACCUUCACGAGUAUACACCAGAAGGAGAACCUGUUCUAGAUACCUUCGCAGAAGUCCAACAGGAAUGGCAUCUUUGGCGAAGACGAUACCAUCUCUUUCUUUGUGAUCAGCCUAGGAACAUUCUUUCCACCACCUCCGAGCCCCAGCCUGAGCUUCCAAUAGAUUCAUUCACCCAAUUCGCAAAGAUUGAUGAGGAACUCUGGGCGUGGCACUUUAACAUGCUUGAUGUGGGUGGGACACCUAGUGCGUCAGUCAACAGGGCAUUCUGCGGCUUUGGAAGAGAGAUUUUCACUGAUACAGGACAAUAUUUCGUGACUUUUGAUGCCACACACCACGAUGGAUCCGAGACGACGACGCAGCAGCCCACAGUGAUAAGGAAUCUCACUCUUGACGAGCGUGCGCUUGUGCUUGCAGCAGCAGUUAACAUUGAUUAUGAUUAUUUCUCGAGACAUUCGGAGGGUCAUGGAUUGGGGUUCCUGAUGUUGUGGAGUUCGAGGGAAUGA